GGUUUGGGGGGGAAAGCGUCGGUGUUCGGCUGAAAUGGCCCCGUUGCCGUGCCCGUCGUGGUCGAGAGACCGAUCCCAUGGAGGUGAUAGAGGUCCACCUGCAAGAAGCAGACCGAGGAAGGCUAAGCCCAUCAGACUCGGAGACCGUGGAUACUGAGCCAAGCACUCUGCUGCACAAGUUAAAGAGUGGUAUCAACAAAAAUGUCCAGAUAAAAGUGGAAAAUGUUCUGCAAGAAGUCAAAGGAUUUUCCGAUUCUGAGAAGCUUUAUUUCUACCUUCAACUUCCUUCAGGACCGAGCCAUGGAGAGAAAAGCAGCACCAACGUCAGUGCCAGUGACCAGUACCCCACAAGCACCGCCGACCAAAUGCAUGCUUGCAACUGGAUAAGGAACCAUCUUGAGGAGCAUCCAGACACCUGUCUGCCAAAGCAACAUGUCUACGAAUCUUACAAGCGCUACUGUGAUAAUCUAUCCUACCGGCUCCUGAGUGCAGCCAACUUUGGCAAAAUCAUGCGCGAUGUCUUUCCUAACUUCAAGGCUCGACGACUGGGAGGGCGAGGCCAGUCUAAGUACUGUUAUGGUGGCAUAAGAAGAAAGACUGUGGUUAGUAUGCCUUCUCUUCCAAGCCUGGAUUUGAAACUCCCAGAUCCAUCCGAGUUGAAGGAAGUCGACAAGUCGCAGCAGAACGAGACGCUGAUGACUGCGGCCAUCAGCCUGAUCUGUGAGUGGGCGCAGCGGGUGCUGAUGAGGCAGUUUGACACGGUGAUAGACCUGGCCCGCUUCCUGGUGAUGGAGCACCUCAUCAGCCCCAGAACCAAGAACGCCACGAUGGUGAUGGAGGAACUGAUGACCGAAAACAUGCUGAAAGGGGAGAAAGACCCGAAGCAUCGACAGCAGUCCAAGAACGCGGGGAAGAACGUUGAGGAGAGGACGCAAGACUCGCAGACGGAGACGUCGAAAGGGACGGUGCCGCGCUCCCCGAGCGGGAAAGACGUGUCGCCAUCAGCCGUGCGAGUGAAGCAGCCCACCGUGGUCGAUGUUGACAGCGUGAUAAACCGCUUCGCCCCCAUCCGGCCCAAGGCGCUGGCCAAGAAGCUGGUGGCCAUCUCUGCCGCCGGUGUGAUCGCCCGCUCGGCCUUGCCCCUCCGGUUGGGCGCCAUCCCCCUGUCCCCGGGGCCCGGCGGCGGCGCGGGCAUGGUGCCGCUGCUGAAGAAGGUCACCGUCAUCCUGCCGAGCGUGUCCGCCAGCCCGGUGAGGCUGCCGGCUCUGCCCGCCGAGGUGCCGCCUCCCGCCGUCAUCGUCGCCGCCGCCGCCACGGGGCCCAAGGGCGUCAAGUUCCCGCCCGGACCGCCGCAAGCCUUGCCGCGCAAACGGCACGCCUGCCGUCCGCUGCUGCCGCCGCUCGGCGCCGAGCAUCUCUCCAAGAAGAGGAGGGGGAGGCCGCGGAAGGCCUCGCCGCACACGGGCAAGAGCGGGCCGGCCCCCAGCAGGCAACAGACCCCGGGGGCCAUCUUGCUGCCGGACAUCGCCCCGGCCCCCCGGCUGCCGCCAGCAGGAACGGUCGCCGCCGCUGUUCCCCCGACACCUCAGGCAGGAGCCCGUGUUCUUCCCCCUCCCCCUCCCCCUCCCCCUCCUCCUGUCCCCCCCUCGCUCGGCCAGCCCAGGACUAACACCGGGGCUGCCGGCUCGGUGGUCCGCAAGUCCUCGGUGAUCAGGUCGCUGCCCGGCCUGGCAGGGCGGGACUCAAAGUACCGGGUCGCCAGCGCACAGGACCCCCGCCAACCGCAGACCACGACACCUCGGCCCACUUCAUCCGGGCUGCCUUAAGGGUUUAGCAAACCCUAAGGACCGGCUGAGCAAGCAGAGCAUUGAGGGAGAGGGAGGGAGAGACAGACAGACAGACAGUUAGACAGACGGACACACACAGAGUGAGAAAGACUGACAGAGACAGACACAGAGAGAGAAAGAUGGAG